AUGCACCGCCACAGUGCUAAAAGCUACCCAAAGUUGACAAGUGCAGCCUCCACACCUGCUCUGGCAAGGUUUCGGCAUUCUGUACCAAGUGGCUCGCGCCGUGCUUUCUCCUUCGCCACAAGCCAUUCACCACCCGCCCCCCGUCGGCCGGCUCCUGAAGAAAUUCCGCCUCUUCAACCUGCGGCCACCCGCCGCGGCGAGGUCGAUCUGGAUCGACUCUCAUCCGAUUCGAGUAACCGCCCCGCCGACGCCGACGACGACGCCUCGACGAACGUCACGACCACGACACCGACACCGACACUCACGUCGGCAACAGCUACGCAACAAACACCCGCUUCUGCAUCAGCUACUUCUCCGGCCGCUGGCCCGCGCUCCCAUCCGCGACCUGUUGCAUCAGACGGCCCCGGCGCCAAUACAAAUAUAGAGUCUUACUUGGCCCGUUCCCGUCUGCCGCCGCCACCGCCGCCUCCACCGAUACUGCCCUUCCAGAUACUCGGACGACGCCAACGCUCCGCCAGCCCCAGCCCCGACGCCCACGGCGCGCCACUCGCCUCGGCUGCUGCGUCCUCGGGUGCAGACUUCCAAGAACCACAGCCCAAACGAAGAAGGCGCACCCCAGCAGACAUGGUUGCUGCUGACAACAACGGCACGGCCUCCAAUGGAGCUGUGCCCCAGCCUACUGCCAAUGGGACAUCAUCGCGGGCGGCAAACGGAAACACGGCGAAUGGUGAUGCCAAACCUUCGAUAGCCAUGAAUGGCUCAUCAGCAAAGGGGAAGCGGGUGGGGGCCGGCCCUGACCCCGAAACCUACCUCGGCCACAACAGAGAAGAGGUCACCCGUAUCCUCAUUCAGGCUUUGACCGACAUGGGCUACCAAACAGCCGCCGAGAGCGUCAGCCACGAUAGCGGCUUCAACCUGGAGAACCCGACCGUAGCUGCCUUUCGAUCAUCUGUUCUGCAGGGCGCUUGGGACGAGACGGAAGACUUGCUCAACGGUGCUACCACGCUAGACGAACAGGGAGAGCUAGGGAACGGCCUUGUCCUCGCAGCUGGGUCGGAUCGAAGCACCAUGCGGUUCUGGGUUCGUCAACAAAAGUAUCUCGAGCUGCUGGAGCUGCGAGACACCUCCCGUGCCCUAAUGGCUCUACGAAACGACCUGACGCCGCUCUCUCAAGAUACAGAAAAGCUUCGCUUAUUAUCAAGUCUGCUCAUGUGUCGCUCAACAGAUGACCUCAUGUCCAAAGCAAACUGGGACGGUGCGCAGGGCCGGUCACGCCAUAGAUUGUUAUCAGAACUAUCCAAAUGUAUAUCACCCUCCGUCAUGCUCCCCGAAAACCGUCUUGCCGUUUUAUUAGAUCAUGUGAAGAAGAGCCAGAUAGAUACCUGCCUUUACCACACCGCCGCUUCCUCUCCAUCCUUAUACUCUGACCACUCCUGCGAGCGCCGGAACUUUCCCACCGAAGUCGCCCUCGAACUCACCAACCUCGAGGGCGAGGCCUGGCAAGUUCAGUUCUCACACGACGGCUCCAGACUCGCUGCUUGCGGCAGUAGCACUGUCGUCACUAUUUGGGAGACAACUCGUUUCUCAGUUAUCUGCUCUCUUCGUGAUCACGACAGCGGGGUCGGCAACAUCUCAUGGAGUCCCGAUGACACAAUGCUCGUGACUUGCUCACAAGACCGUUUUGCUCGUCUUUGGGAUGCUAGAUCCGGUGCAUUAAUAAAGGCACUACCUAGCUUCGACCAACCCGUCAGCGGAUGCCUAUGGGCUGCCGACAGCAGGUCUUUCGUACUGGGUGGGCUCUCGCGCUCACAUGGGCUGUGUACGUUUUUGGUGCAUGGCGACGAGAUUCAGGAGUGGGAUAGGGAGCAUCGAGUGCAGGACCUGGCUCUCUCGCCCGAUGGCCGCUGGCUCGUAGCUCUGGACGACCAAAACACGUUCCACGUCUACAAUGCUAAGACACGCGAGUUUAUCUACAGCCACGAGCUCAAGGCGCGGCCAACAUCCGUCAGCAUCAGUGAGGACUCAAAGCACAUGCUCCUCAACAAGCAUGACGGCGAGGCACAACUCAUCGAGAUUGAGACAAGGGUGCACAAGCAAAAGUUCCUAGGCCACACGGGCGGUCAGUUCCUCAUACGCAGCUCGUUUGGAGGUGCCAACGAGGGAUUUGUUGUCAGUGGCAGUGAGGAUGGCAACAUACUCAUCUGGCACAAGAACACGGGCGCGGCCGUCGAGCGCCUCCCGGGCCACAAGCCGCGCUGCAACGCCGUGGCCUGGAACCCGGCAGACCCGUGCAUGCUGGCCUCUGCCGGUGACGAUAGCAAAGUCAAAAUCUGGAGCAACAAAACCCGAGCCGCGGAGCUCCGAGCCUUGCACGGUAACGUCUCCUAG